UCUUGUAAAAACGCAGAUUCCGGAUCACGCACUUCGAGGUCGUGAAAAGUGCAGCAUUCUGCGAUGAUGAUGGGUGAUUCGGGACUAAAUAAGCGUAUCCGUCAAUUGCCUGCGUCAUCCGUAGCGCUUAUUCUGCCAGAUGUAGCCAUAGGGCGCGAAUGACUGGUAACAGCAACCUUCUCUUAAGUCUCGCAGAAUGAGCCUGGACUCUUUCGACUGAAACGUGUAAUCCGAUUUGCAUCAUCACGCUGACAGUAGAUUGUUCUAUAACCUCCAGUGGAAACCCAGCAUUCUCUGCAGUCACAACGACCCCAAAACAAAGCAAGAUGUAUCUUCGAGCCGUUCACGCAGAAACAUCCCUCGUGACGCUGCGACAGCUCAUCCGCAGCAACCCUCUUGGCGUCCUCACUACAGCGAUUCCCUCACAGCGUUACCCCUUCAUACUGUCAAGCCACAUUCCAUGGCUGCUAGACGUAGAAGACGAGUCUAGCGAGACUGAACUUGGCACUCUACGCGGCCAUCUCGCGCGAGCAAAUCCCCAAAGCAAGACGAUAAUCGACAACCUGGUAGCCACUUCAAAAUCCAGCGGCGCCUGCCUCGACGCAGAAGUCCUCGUCCUCUUCACAGCACCAACACACCACUACAUCACGCCUAAGUUCUACACCGAGACCAAGCCAGACACGGGCAAAGUCGUACCGACCUGGAACUACGCUGCCGCGCAGGCCUACGGGAAGGCGCGCAUCUACUUCGAUACGAAGUCGCCCGACACCGGUGCGUUCCUGUCGAAGCAAAUCCAUGACUUGUCCCAGCAUGCGGAGGCGUCUGUGAUGGGUUAUGAUGGGAAAGAAGGUAGGCAGGGGGCGUGGAAGGUCGCGGAUGCGCCCGAGAAGUAUAUCGAGUUGCUGCAGAAGGCGAUUAUUGGGAUUGAAAUCAAGCUGGAUCGGCUGGAGGGUAAAUUCAAGAUGAGUCAAGAAAGUACGCAGGGUGAUCGGGAGGGUGUGGUUAAGGGUUUCGAGGCGCUUGGGUCCGAACUGGGUGACCGGAUGGCAGCUGUUGUGAAUGAGAGGGGGCAGAUGAAGACUGCGAGCAAAUCCUGAAUUGCGCUCUGUGUGCACACUAAAGUCAAGGUUGAGAUGAACGUGCCUGUUGUACUUGAGUCAUAAUAUUUGCCACAGGACUCUCCUUCACCUCAAGGUGCUCGGGCGUACGUUUUUCCGCCCUUGCUUUUCGAGUGCUUGUUCCCACAGCUUUCCCAAUCCCUGCCAAAUAUCAAGCGCGCUUCAUUGUGGCCGC